AUGCCAGGUGAAAAUGAUGAUGGACUAAAACCGUUCUUGUUGACGAUCAAGGAAAAAAAACGAAAGAGGCGACGACCGAUUGUGUUCGACGGUGAGCGGACAGAAUUUUGUUCUCCAGAGCAACUCUCCUCAUCCUCUGCCCUAUUGAACGGAGGAGUUGAACAAUCACGUCGGUUUCACGGGUAUUCUCAACAAGCUGAUGGAUCUCGGUAUCAGCUGAGCUCAUUUUCGGAUAUUGAGCUUGGAUCGAUUGCCACUCAUUCACGAACGGUUUCAUCAACUCCUCGAAGAAGUUUACAAUUUGAGCCGACAUCGCCAAUGGUGCCACCAAUUUUUAAUAAAUCGCGUGGGGAUAGGAACUAUCCGACGGGUGAUUGCGCUGCGGUUAAUGCUGAAUCUUCUGUGCAAAGCUCCACGAAUGGUAAACGAGCGAGAAAAUGGGAGAUGCAUCAAGGGAGAAAUCGCUUCUUUUGUAACGGAAGAUUUAUCACGUCAAGACAAAGUGGAGUCUUCCUUUUCACAGUAUUUUUGAUAUCGACCACGUUGACUUUGUUCUUUGUUUUCGAAAGCUACUUUCUCUUUCAUGAAGUCUUCUUCCUACUUCCGUUCAUCGCAGCUGUCCUAGCACUUUUUGUGCUCAGCAACCUAUUCAGAACAUCAUUUAUGGAUCCUGGGAUCUUACCAAGGGCGACAAAUCUUGAGGUGAUUGAAGACGAACGAUUAGAUCCGGUGACGAUGGGUGAUCCAGCACGAGGCGCUCCACGAACACGACAAGUGGCGAUUAGAGGACAAUUACUGAGGUUAAAGUAUUGCUCAACGUGUCGCCUGUUUCGGCCACCUAGAAGCUCUCAUUGCUCGAUAUGCGACAAUUGCGUCUUGAACUUUGAUCAUCACUGUCCAUGGGUCGGAAAUUGUGUCGGUGCUCGCAACUAUCGAUACUUUUAUUUCUUCAUCACCUCGCUCAUCGUGCUCAUAUUGUUCAUUUUCACUUGUUGUGCCACUCAUAUUGGACUAGAAAUGAAAAGUCAACAUGGACAGUUUAUUGAAGCAAUAAAAAAGACGCCAAUCUCGCUGGUUAUUUGCAUCAUCUGCUUCUUUUCGGUGUGGUCAGUGGUUGGAUUGAGUGGAUUUCACACUUAUCUUCUUGCCACCAAUCAAACGACAAAUGAAGACGUCAAAGGGACGUUCAGUACAAAGAGGCGACCGACCGUCAAAAACCCGUUGUGCGCUUCCGAUUCACCAAGUCUUCUCGAUGCUCGUGGAUGGGUUGAAGAGCAUCCAGGGCUUCAUUUUGAGCGUCGGCCUCAACCCACUCAUGGUGAGCAUAAUAGAGUCUUCACGGUUAGUAUCAAUGACGAAGGAGCACACGCA